CGUGUCAGACGUGUUUGCGAUAAAGUCAAUGAAUUUCUUCUCUACAGGGCAAAAAUAGCUUACCCCAGUCAGUGAGAUUUCAGCAAGGCUGAAGAAGGUUAAUCACAAGCUUCAAGCUUCAAGCCUUGUAGAAGGCUCCCAAAUACAAACACAACAAAUAACCGGGUACAACCACGACAAAAUUAUUCACGCCAUCACACACAUUCUUAUUUAAUGGCGCCAAUACGUAGAUAUCUGCGCAUUAGCAAAUAUUCUGUUCUCGAAUGUCGCAUAUAUGUCGACAAUCCAGCUUUGGCAGAAAGUUGGCUACUCAAUCCAAGAAACCCAGUCUUGCCCCGAGUCAUCGAGAAGGUUCGUCCACUGGUUCUGCCAAAGUUGCGCGAGGAGCAGGAAAGGAGCAAGUCGAAAGGAAAGAAAAAGGGCGUGAAGGAUGUUGUGAGUGAUGAGGACUUCGAAGUAUCGAUAUUUUUGACGGAAACCAGUACACGGCAUUCUAUCAUUUUCAAACACAAGCAUUUUCGAGAUAGAAACAAGAAAGCUUUACAGUCGAAUUCCGACAAACUUACUGGCAAUACGAAUGAUGCGCCAAUUGAGGUAGCUGAUGGUCCAGCGAUUGUGAGAGAAGCAAGCGAAGAAUCGUUUUCUCUACAAGACAUACCUGAAGUAGGAGAUGAUUCAGAUUUAUUCAUUAGUGAAGAUGAAGGGCCUCGCAGAUCAAAACGUUCAAGAGUUGGGCGGGAAUCUACAGACUCUGACUUUGGUCCUCUAGCGAAACGUCGGAAAGAUGGAGAAGUAUCAGAGGAUGAUGACGACAAAAAGAAGAUGGCAAUGGAUACAUCUUACGAUGGAUUUUCAGUGAACGGUCGCGUGUUAUGUUUGGUCGUCAAACGGAAAGACAAAAAGGGCAAAGCUCCAGCCGCCAAUGGAGGUCAAGUAAUGAUGGAGAAUUGGAUCACGUCCACGCAGAUGCCACCACAGCUAGAUGAUCUAUGAGAUCCAGAUUUCCAAAUUGCAUCUACUCGCAUACAGCAUCCAAUGAAAGGCAGAUUUGGGGACCUCCACGACUGCGGAAGAGCCAUAACCGCAUCCCCAGACAAACCAGUGGUCUUGGUAAUUCUUACACGAUAAUCAAAAGAUAUCUGGAGAACGGACUUCCAAUUAAACCUUUUAUUUCAGAGAUAGCCAAGUCUUUUGAUAUGUAAACUUUUCAAGAGAAGAAAAAGUUAAAAUGUCCGCUUGUCAAACUCGGCGAAUUUGGAGACACAUAUUGUCCGAAAAGGUCAAUAUUUGAAAGCACUCUCAAAGGAGUUUGGCCUCAGUGCCUGCAUCUUCGUGCCUCUGCCCAAAGCUCUGCUUUACCGUCGAUCAUUUUACCGUUAUAUGGUGCUAUGGCGGAUUGUGUGACGAUUGAUUUAUCGCGGCAUUUGUAAGGUUUGGGUUAUCCCCGUUUCGUAGUGAACGUCUGUGAGAGUGUCCUGAUGGCCUCAGCUCAACAUUAUACUCUUCUAAGCACAAACUUAUCAUCUGGCGAGC